AUGGCCGAGAAACGGCAGGAAAUGCUGGGAUCUAUCCCUGCAGGGAGCAGGCAAAUCAGACUGGUGAAUGGGACAGAUCACUGUGCUGGGAGAGUGGAGAUUUAUUACAACGGCAGCUGGGGGACAAUCUGUGAUGAUUUCUGGGACCUGCUGGACUCCAGUGUUGUCUGCAAACAACUGCGAUGUGGACAUGCCAUCAAUGCAACUGUCUCUGCUCAUUAUGGGCAAGGAUCUGGGCAGAUCUGGCUGGAUGAUGUGAACUGCUCUGGGAAUGAAUCCAAUCUCUGGGUAUGUCCUUCCAGGGGUUGGGGCCAGCACAACUGCAGACACAAAGAGGACGCGGGAGUUCUCUGCUCAGAAUUCGCAGAUCUGAGGCUGGUGAGUGACAGUGACUGUGCUGGGUGGCUGGAGGUUUUCUACAACAGGACGUGGGGCAGUGUUUGCUCCAAUCAGAUGUCUGGAGACACCCCAACAAUUGUCUGCAAACAACUGAACUGUGGGGAUGGAGGGCAGAUUGCAAGAGACUUUGAAUAUGGAGCAGGUUCUGGUCCCAUGUGGCUGGACCAAGUUAUAUGCAAUGAGCAGCACAGCUCACUCUGGCAGUGCCCAUCAGUGCCCUGGAAUCCAAAGUCAUGUGAUAACCGAGCAGAAGAGACCCAUAUUUCUUGCACUGGAAAAAAAGCAAAACCAACUCAGAUCCUGUUUGCCAAAUGCCCGAACUCUCCAAGCUGCACAGCACCUCCGCGAUGCCCUCCGACUGACAGUGGAAGAGUCAUGGCACCCGUGAUCAUCUGCAUUAUCCUGGGGGCCCUGCUCUGCCUGGUCUUAAUCAUCCUGGGGGUGCAGGUGCGAAGUGCCAGGGCACAGCACAGAGGUGGGUCCUGA